AAGCAGGGGAGGACGGAGCUAAAGCAGGGGAGGACGGAGCUAAAGCAGAGGAGGACGGAGCUAAAGCAGAGGAGGACGGAGCUAAAGCAGGGGAGGACGGAGCUAAAGCAGGGGAGGACGGAGCUAAAGCAGGGGAGGACGGAGCUAAAGCAGGGGAGGACGGAGCUAAAGCAGAGGAGGACGGAGCUAAAGCAGAGGAGGACGGAGCUAAAGCAGAGGAGGACGGAGCUAAAGCAGAGGAGGACGGAGAUAAAGCAGGGGAGGACGGAACUGAUGCUGCAGUGGAAUCCACAGAAUCCACCGUGGACACGUUUGAUGGCCCAAAUGAUCCAGCUCCUCCAGAAAAUAUGAAAGAAGUCAGUGCAGUGGGAGAACAUCCUGAAGCAGGGGGUGAAGGGGUUUCAGUAAGAGAGAUCCCACCACCAGAAGACAUAGGAGAUAAAGAACCGGAGAUGAGAUCCACUGAUGUGCGUCCAGCUGAGGCCACGGAAGCCGUGGCCAGCCCUUCAGAUGAGAGCACAGAAGGUGCCGCUGCUGAGGCCCCGCAUCCUGCAGAGGAGAAGCAAGACGCGUCAUCCACGGAGGAAGGUGAUGAAGAAGAAGUGGAAGAGGCCGAGAAGAUCCCAGAUGACUUUUUCUAUGACUAUGACAGUAUCUGCUCCCAGCCAUACAUCUCUCCUGACUCCGGGAUCCCCAGCAGAGUCCUUCACCUUCUGCAUUCUUUUGGCUAUGACUGUACUAAACGGGCAAACCUUCACUUGCUGGAUGACCAGACCUUGCUAUAUGUAGCUGGGGCCAUGGUCAUCAUCCUAGGACUUAAGACUCAAGAGCAACAAUAUCUGAGGAGCAGCAGUGGUCAGGGGAUUGGAGCUGUCGCGGUCCAUCCAAGCAGGAGCUAUUUUGCAGUAGCAGAAAAGGGACACAAACCGAAUAUUAUCCUGUAUGAAUUCCCAUCUCUGAAACCCUAUCGGAUCCUCAGAGGGGGCACAGAGGAAGCCUAUGCCUUCAUAGACUUCAAUCUGUCUGGAACACUUCUUGCCAGUGUGGGCAGCAGCCCUGAUUAUAUGAUGACUAUCUGGGACUGGAAGCAGGAAAAGAUUAUGCUGAGGUCCAAGGCAUUUUCCCAAGAUGUGUUUCAAGUCACCUUCUCACCAGAAAAUGAGGAGCAGCUUACUACCUGCGGGACGGGGCACCUCAGGUUCUGGAAGAUGGCCCGCACAUUCACCGGUUUGAAAUUGCAAGGAGAACUAGGAAGAUUUGGAAAGACUGCCCUAACAGACAUAGAAGGAUAUGUCGAGUUGCCGGAUGGAAAGGUGAUAUCGGGGUCAGAAUGGGGCAACAUGCUUCUCUGGGAAGGCGGUCUCAUCAAGGUGGAGAUAUGUAGAAGAGGACGAAGAGUGUGUCAUAACGGACCCAUUAACCAGUUCGUCCUGGAUGAAGGAGAACUUAUCACCAUUGGUGCUGAUGGUUUUGUCAGGGUUUGGGAUUUCGAGACAGUAGACACUGCAGACUCUGUGGAUGACACCGGCCUUUUGGAGAUGGAGCCCAUGAAUGAGCUUCUGGUUGGGAAGAACGUAAACCUGCGGUAUAUGGUGAAGACCAUGGAGGGUGACUCCCCAGUGUGGUUUGCUCAGGACGCCAGUGGAGGGAUAUGGAGGCUGGAUCUGUCCUUUUCCAAUAUAACACAAGACCCAGAAUGCCUCUUCUCCUUUCACUCCGGCAAGAUCAAUGCUCUGGACGUGUCUCCUUCAACAUGCCUCAUGGCCACGACGUCCCUGGACCGAUCGCUGAGGAUCUAUGACUUUGUGGGGAAGGUUCCUCUGGUGGACAUGACGUUUAAACAAGGCGGCACCGCGCUCACGUGGGCUCCUCGCAUGGUUAAUCCAAAAGGCGGCUUGUUUGCAGCGGGAUUUGAAGACGGCGUUGUCCGUAUCCUAGAGGUUUACAAUGCCACAGGCAUGAGGCUUAUGACGGGACGAAGCGGCACCAACGAUGCUGCAGUAAACCUGCGACAAGCCUUCAAACCGCACAACGCUCCCGUCACCGCUUUGGCAUACGAGCGCAACGGAGAGAUCCUCGCCACUGGGAGUAUGGACAGAACCGUCUUCUUCUUUGCCGUCGGAGACACCUAUGAACCCAUUGGAUUUGUACGUCUUCCAGGACCCGUCAGGGAGUUACACUGGUCUCCCCCCUCACAUGAGCAGAGCACGCUGCUCGUUCUCUGUGAGAAUGGAUUUGCCGUCCAGAUCGCGGCCCCUGCAGCUGAGAAAUCGGAUCCUGUCACCAGUUAUGAAAUCUCCCAUCUUCCUCUGAGUUACUUCAGGUUCAGCAGCAUCAAGUCCAAGAUGGAGAGGGAGGAGCAGCUGGAACGCAUACGGAAGAACCAAGAGCAGAAACAGAAGGAACGGGAAGCCUGGAUAGAAGAACAGAAGGAGCGGGGAGUGGAGCUGUCAGAGGACGACCUGCAGCCAGGUACUGAAGAGGAGAAGCUGCCAGAGCUGUAUGUUCCAGAAGAACCCAGUCCCAUCCUGUGUGGUUUCUAUGCCAGUCCUGGGAAAUUCUGGUUAUCCCUGGACGGCUACGACUCGGGGUUCCUCUACCUCUGUACGUUUUCCGACACCAAUGGACAACCUGAGGAUCCAGCACUGAGGAAGGAUGAACCAGUGCGCGCUCUGCCAAUCAAUGACACCAGCAACAAUCCCAUCCACAAAAUCCACUUCAGCUCCAACAAGCAGCUGUUGUUCUGUGGGAUGCAGGAUGGAGCCGUCCGGGUCUACCCUCUCCAGCCCAACGAUCCUUUACUCGAUUCCAUGAGCAGUUACUGGUCUCUUGGGGUCCAUGAUAACCAGUAUGGAGCCAUCCAAGCCAUCAGCUCCAGCUUUGAUAACCAGUAUCUCGUGACCUGUGGAGCUGACGGCAACAUCUUCACCUUCAGCCUCCUCUCCAUGGAGGACAUUGAGCGAGACCUGAAAGUGAAGAAAGCUAAAGUGCCUUCUCCUAGGCUCAGCCUGGAUAAAGAGAAGCCUGCGGAGGAUAUUGAGGACCCAGAUGCUUACAGCAUAGAGAACGCUAAACAGAAGCGACAGCACGACCUUCUCCUGAAGCAAGCGGAAAGUAAGAAGGCCGGCAGGAGACGGGAGCUCGAGGUGCUGAGGAAAGAGUUCAGGCAGCUCCUGAAGAAGAACGUGGAGCUACCACAUCACAUGCAGCUCAGCAGAGUGGAGUUUGAGAUGGACCAUAGGAUCCGAGAAGAAAUGGAACGUCAGACGUCAGAGAGGAUCCGCACCGUGCUGAAGGAGCUGGCCUGGGAACAGGAGAAGCACAACAUCGGACUGAAGAAGCUGCAGGCUCGAUUCCGGGAUAAGGUGGAGUUUGAUACGGUGAUCGUCCGCGCAAUCAACACCGAGCACCAAGUGUCCACAUACCGGCUCCUGUCUCUCCCAGAGAAGUACUUUAAAGUGAAGGGGAUGAUUUUGAAGAGGAGGAUGACGCGCUACGAUCUGUAUCAGAAAGAGCCUGGUGUUGGGAAAGAGACUCGAGAGUCAGGAGGAGUGGACCUUAGUGCUGUGACGCAGGAGCAGAAGCACAGACAUCACUGGGCGGGAAGACGCAUGGAGGGACGCAUGGAACGAAUCAGGAACAUCAUCGAGAAGGCAGAAAAGGCAAAAUCCAAAAUCUCACAGAGGAAACAGGAAUGGGACCAGCUGUACAAAACUAAGCCCAGUGAGGACUAUGAGGACCCAGCAGAUGUUUUGGCCAUUACAAAUGCCAAGGAGAACAUGGGGGACUUCAAACUGAAAACAGCAAAGGAUUACACUGUCCCCGAGCACCUGCGAAUAAAUGCCGAAAGAAAGAGAUCUGAACUGGCAAUGUUAGAAAGCAUGAUACAUGAGCAGAAGUCAUCCAUGAACCGUUCCAUCAUGGCGCUCCGUGAUCUCAAGCUAGAAACCAUAGAGAAGAUGAAGAAUAUUGUACGCGAGGUAAGAGUCAUCCAGGAAGCACUGGACUCCUCCAAACACCUCCACAUCCCGAGAGUGCCUUCACUGCUCCCCGACGAGACGCCGGAGAAGAAAUUCCAGUACGACAGCGAGACUCUCCGCAGGUUCCAGCAGGAGCAAGACAACCGGGUGCAGGCACCACCAGCAAUGCAGGAAGGAGGUUUUGGUGGAUUCGGUUUCGGACAAAAACAGCAAACCACAGCAAAGCAAUCCGAGUCCCGUUCUAGACCAUCUACCACAAGCACUGUGAGAUCGUGUCGCAUCGCAUCUUCCCAAAGACGCCAUCUACAAAGGAUGGAGCUGUCUGACCUGGAGAAAGAGGCCGUGCAGAGAGAGGAAAUUUGGAAUUUAUACAUGCAGGACAACCUCAUCAAACAGAUGAAGAAGCUGGCCGGCGACUUUGACGCUGAGCUCCGCAUUGUACGGCACAAGAAGUUGGAGCUGGAUGUCCAGAUGAAGAUGGCUGACCUGAGGCACAUCACUCUUUUCGAGGAACUUCUCCUGCUGAAGGAGUUUGAGAAGCGAGAAGACAUCUUGCAGGAGAAAGUCAGUGACCGAAUCGCGGAGCUGGAUGAGAUAAAGAGGAAGUCUGAGGAUUUUAUGCAACAGUUGGAGGCCAAGAGAACGGAAGUCCUGAAGCUGCAGGAGAAGGAGAAGGCUCUGCACGCCACCUUCCAGACCUCCCUGGGAGAGGGCAACAAAUUUGCCACAUUUCUCACCAAAGUAUUUAAGAAGAAGAUCAAGCGGGCGAAGAAGAAGGAAGUGCGCGGAGACCAAGAGGAAGAUGAGGACAGCGAUGAAGAUUCAGAUGAAGAGUCCACGUAUGAAAGUGACGAUGAGGAGUCAGAGUCUGAAGAAGGCGUUUUCGAUGACUCUGUUUGCCCGGACAACUGUGACCCCGAAUUGUUUGACAACGUCCUGCAACUGAGAGAGAAGAGACUGGACAUUGAGGAGGCGCUGGUGGAAGAGAAGAAGAUGGUGGACAACCUGAAGAAGGAAUCUGAUGCGCUAGCCAAGAAGGUUAAGAUAGUGGAAGUGAACCUGAUGACAGCGGAGGCCGAACUAGAAGCGUUCCAGCGCGAGAAGCAGCAGAAGCUCAAUGAGCUGUACGUGGUGGUACCUCUGAAGCUCCACCAGGUUGAUUACAUCAUUAAUGGAGAGAUUCCCAGUGACUUAUCUCAGGCCCUCGUCUUCACCAACAAUUCCCUGGAGAGUCUGCAGCAUCGGAUCAGGGAGCUACAGAUGGAGAAGGUGGAGCAGCGAGAACUGUAUAAAAAGGCCAAGGAGCAGCACAAGCAACUCAUCCGAGAAAGGAAAGAGACGGAGGCCAAGAUACAGAGUCUGGAGGAGAAGUGUCGCCAGCAGAUGAUGAUGAAGUUCGGCCGACUGGUCGACCUGGAGGCUCUGCAGACCCUGUCUGUGAACACCAACCUGGAGGAGCUGAAGAUGAAGUCCGCACAGAGGCAAGAAGAGAUGGACCGCGAGAUCGCUCAGUGGGAGAUCCAAGUCAUGGAGACCAAACGAAGCCUGAUGGAAAUCACUCGGGAGCAGACAAAGAAGAUGGGGAGGCUGAACGAGCUGCUGACGGAGAAGAAGACCAUAGAGGCCAAACUGGACGCCCGGCAAACUGUGGUGGGCGAAGAAUUCCAGGGUCCGCGGAAAGCCGACAUCCAGGAGAGGCAGAAGCUCCUCGGGCUGGCCGAGAUGCAAGUCGAGGAGAUUGAGAGCCUGAAAGAGGAGAUUGUACUGCUCAGCAGGAAAGGAGGGAGCAUUCUGCCUCCUGCGCACUCACCCGCUGCCCACAGCGCAGGCGCCCUGGUCUGACCAUGAUGUCUGAACGUGCUCCGAAAACUCAGGUCCUGUCCGGUGUGUUCCUGCCAGAAGUCGUGGCUGUUUUCCUCAUAGGGAAAUGUUUGGGUUGAGGUUGUGUUAAUCCUGUGAUUUUACUGCUGUGGAGCACCCCCCCCCCCCCCCCCCCCACACUCCUUUGGUUUGGAGCUGCUUUAACCCUUUCACCACCAAGGGCUUCUACAUGCGCCGUGGCGGCAAAGGGAUUUAAUAAAAAAUCUGUGGUUUUAAUUGGGAUCGGAUGUCCUGAUUUCGCUGUAAACGCGCGGUUGGGGAGAAUUUAGUGCAACCUGUCAUUCUGCCUGUCAGACAGCAGGUGGCGCCCCAGCCUUUCUGAGGCAGCACAGUCCUAUGGCCUGCGUCUAACGUAUACUCCGGGAAGUAUAUAUUAGGGCGUAUUCACGCACGGCAGAUUCGGUUCUAUUCGUCUGAAUGGAGUUGAAUAGAUCUAAAGUAACCUCAUUCAGAUGAAUAGAACCGAUUUUCUGCAACAAAAUCUGCCGCGUGUGAAGGUGCCCUUAAACAGAUGCCAGACAGCCCCGUCCGUCACCCAUAGAGUCACAUUGUAAAAAAAUCCAAUACGUUUAUGUUCAUUUUUUUACAUUGUCUACUAAGCAAUUUACCAUAAUUCUCACUUUUUUAGGGGUAUACUGAUAUUCGGAGGUCUAAAGGCCCCAAUGUGACUUAUAGACCCCUGUGGACAUUGGGAGCUUUCCUGGCAAAAGCUGAAUGUGGGUGCCUCAUAGGGAUGAGACAGGGUGCCACGUAUGCCCCAUUGUGGUGGUCUGGCCGGUGGGACCACUGAUCCUGCGUGGCUGCGCACGUCUAUGGAACAUGACAUAGCUGAAAUUGGGAGAAAACAUAUAUAUUUCUCACCCACAUAUAGAUUGGCGCUGCUUCUGAUAGUUCGUUCCAAUGUAUCAGUGCAGGUAAAAUGUAUCAGUCUGAAGCCCAAGCUGUGGAGCUCUCAGGGGAUUGUCUAGACUGGAUACAUUGUAGCGAACCCCCAGCUGUGAAAAGUACUGGGUCUGGAUAGG